UUUUAAAUUUAGUCGUUUGUAAGUUUCCCCCAAACAAUGGGAUACAUGAAACCGAUAAAUACAAGCGAAAGAAACACCUUUCAUUAUAAAAAGGUAUUCAGGCAAAACUCAAUUUAUCUGAUGUAACACAGACAUCAAUAUAAUGAUGCAACCAUCAUCCAUACAACUAUGGGUCAAUGGAUUUCUCCUGUUUUGAUUUGUUUUCUGAGUGGAGUAUGUGUGCGAUGCCAAACAAAUUAUACAAGUCAACUUGAUGUUAGAAGAGUUGAGAAAUCAUCACCUGUUAUUUUUAUACCGGCAACUGCACCAACAAAUCUGCAAGUGAUAGCUUCUCCUUAUGAUCAGUCAAGACAACUCCAACUGAAUAUAUCGUGGGACUCUAGCUCAGAUGGUCCUCAAGCAACGAGCUUCAAUCUCCAUGCAUUGUCUCUUAAUGAAUUGGAUGACCGAUGUAAUACAGAACCUUACUAUGAAUACAUAGAAAACCCUAACACAAGAAUGUGGGUGAUUUAUCCUAAAACAAUGAGUGAAGUGGACAAUCACGUCAGCAGUUUCAUAGUCCUGCCUGGAUGUUCCUACAGAGUAAAACUUGAGGCCAACCCUCAUGAUGGAAGAACUUACAUACAAACUGACUACAAAGUACCUGAUUGUGUCGAACAGAUUUGCAGGUGUCAGCAAACUGAAAGUCUGCCAUUACCUAAACUUGAGGUUAAAAGUAAUAAAAAUAUAGUAAACAUAACAUGGUUCACAGAUGAAGCGUACAAUAUUUCAAAGUUCAUUUUAAGAGCUGGGCCUCUGCUGCACCACAGCGGUAACAUAGGGGUGUACAACCUGAGCUGGCGGGUUGAGGUGCUGUCAGUCGAAGGAUUGACACUCUACCAUCUGCAGUACAAGGCUGCAGGCCCGGGCAGAUACGCAGCAACUCUGCAAGUUGUAGACUCUCAUCAGUGUUUGGGGACUGAACAACAAACUGUGUUUUUAGUUAAUGACUAUAAACAAAUUGAUGGAGAAGCUUCUACCAAAACCAAAUUACUGUGGAUUAUCCUGCUGCCAUUUGGAACAAUUAUACUGGUUGUCUACAUACUUAUUGGGUUGACUUGGAAAUCAUAUCUUGUGUGGAUUGAAUAUAAGAAAACAGCUUGUAACUUGAAACUCAGAGUUUCUUACAAGGCAUUCAGAGUGAACAGUGACCGUGUCUUCAGAAGAAAUGACUCCUUACAAGAAAGGAAUAUACUUUAUGUAGAGAAAGAAAUUGAGGAUGCCAAGACUAGAGGAGAAGUAGAUGGAUAUGAGAUCAGCUACAAUCAGCUGACGAUACUACGAGAGAUUGGUCGUGGAGCGUUCGGACAUGUGUACUUGGCAAAAGGCGAGGCAAUAAGGGGCGUUCCCGGGACAAGAAUGGUGGCUGUUAAGAAACUGAAAGAGAAAGCGAACAGGGAAGAGCGUGAAGAGUUUUUAGAGGAGAUCGGGAUGUUAAAGAAGGUCGGGAAUCAUCCCAACAUCGUCUCAUUGCUAGGCUGCUGCACACUCAAAGCUGAUGUAUGCAUGGUGAUGGAAUACGUGCCUUGCGGGGAUCUUCUCAAUUAUCUACGGAGUCUAAGGAGAAGUCUGGCAAGGAGGACAUCUUCUGUCACCUCGUCAGACACAAUGUAUUCCAGCCCCAGCACUGUUAUGACAAGCGUCAACUCUUCUAUGCACUCUACUAAUCAAUUUACUCAAGAUUGUCCCUCAAUAGAGCAUCCCACUCCAAUAGAUCACAGGGAACUCCAGCACUUUGCCCUCCAGAUAGCUCAUGGUAUGGCUCAUCUGGAGUCAAAAAGAAUCACUCACAGAGAUUUAGCAGCCCGUAAUAUUCUCAUUGAUAAAAACAAGAUAUUGAAAAUAUCAGAUUUUGGACUCUCGAGGAGAGGAGUCUACAUUAACACGAGACAAUGCAAAGUUCCAUUAAGAUGGCUCUCUGUGGAAGCGAUGAGAGAUGCGUUGUACUCCAGCAAAUCCGAUGUUUGGGCGUUUGCUAUUGUACUUUGGGAGAUCGGAACGCUAGGAGGAUUUCCUUACCCAACUGUAAAUGACUUUGAUCUACUUAAUUUCUUAGAACGAGGAAACAGACUUGAAAAACCAGAUAUAGUAUCUUCAAAUUUAUACUCAGUGAUGCAGGUUUGCUGGUCCGAGCGACCAGAUGACCGUCCAUCGUUCACUGAGCUCGUGUCCUAUCUGAGUCCUAGCUCUGAUCGCCACGUUUACGUACAAAUAUCCCCCCACCCCCAACUACCACCUACAACCCCCGACCUGUAUGUCAACUCAACUGUCUCCCCUAGUUAAACUUGGUUUGGAAUAGUCCCCAAUAGUUUGUAGUUUUUUAAGUAUUCUAGAGACUGUUUUGAUUUGUACACUUUAUCGAAUUCAGGUGCUGUACAUCCUCUUUCCCUAAAGGCUUUAUUAAUUUGUGUCAAUUUACAUUUUAGUUUCACCAUAGUCAUAACAGCUUUACUGUAUCGCCUGCGUAGCAAACCUUAGCAAAUAUAAAAUCCUGAACACAAAAGGAUUUUAAAAUAUGGACAAACAGGGUGUCUACUGGUUUGCUUUUUAAAAUCUGACUUUUUAAGACAAGUGAUCUUUUUCCAUUAAGUAUUUUAUAAAUUUUGGUAGUUUAUCUAUUAUCUGUUACAUAAGGGAUAACCAUUAAAUACGGUUUAGUUAAGGGAAAUCAUUUAAUUUUUAAACCCAAGCAUUCACCAUUAAUUCCAUUAUGCACUAAACUCUGAUCCAUUUACUUGAGUUUUCUUUUAUGUUUAUUACUAAAACAAAAACUCUGAACUGAUCAGCUCAAAUUCUAGUAUAC